AACUAUUUCAGUAUUUGAUAGAUAACACGUGAACAAUUUUUUAACAACAAAACUAGUAAACGGUCUGAAUUGUACCAAAUUUUUUUGUGCUUUUAAUAUUUCUGAGAAAAUUUUCAAAACGAGUCAUCGAAGAUAAUCUGAAGACCAGAUACCUGUAGAUGUUGUCAAGAUGCGAAUGACGGACAAUUAUGAGUUUACAGAUUCUUUACCAUCAGGUUACGAGGAGAAUGUUUCUUCACCAGACUCUGCAGAAGAUGCUGUUGAUAGAUACAGUUUUACCAUGUUAAAGCCUGACGGUGAACUAUGUUUUGGAUGCGGUGACCUGAUCGUGGACCGAUAUUUACUCCGUGUAAAUGACCAGUCUUACCAUGUGAGUUGUUUGAGAUGUUGCACAUGUCAGAUAGGAUUAGAGAGACAGUCAUCGUGUUACAUCAAAGGAAACAACGUCUACUGUAAACUCGACUAUACCAGAGAAUUUGGUGCCAAGUGUUCAAAAUGCUUACGUUCAAUUCAACCAAACGAUUGGGUGAGGAAAGCACGUGACAAUGUGUAUCAUCUUGCCUGUUUUGCAUGUGAUAGCUGUAAACGGCAGUUGUCCACCGGAGAAGAGUUUGCUUUACAAGAAGAUCAAGUGCUAUGUAAAACACAUUAUGUGGAGUCUUUAGAAGGAGGCCCAAGUAAAGAAGACGGCAACAUGAAGUCAAAAACAAAACGAGUGAGAACAACUUUUACAGAGGAACAAGUUCAAGUACUGCAGGCGAACUUUCAGCUAGAUAGUAACCCGGAUGGACAGGAUUUAGAACGAAUUGCGCAGAUCACUGGAUUGAGCAAGCGCGUUACACAAGUUUGGUUUCAAAAUUCAAGAGCUCGACAGAAAAAACAGCAACAACAGUCAAGAAGCGACUGUGGAAACUCAAGUCCUUCGCCGUCGUCGUCUCCAUCAAAAAUAUCAAGUCCGUCACAUUGGAUGAACAGUUCUGAUAGCAUACAUAGUGACAGUAUGUCGUAUUCAGAGUAAGAGAUGAGAGAUAAUGGCCUCUUAAAGUUAAAGGCUUUAUUCUAUACUCCCUCAUGUAUCAUAUCCCAAUAUUUGAUCAUGUGACUUAGGAAAUAACCAUGCCACAGAGGCGGAAUCGAAUUCGUCAAAGUGUUCUUCAAAUUAGAAAAUGACAAAGUACUUUUCUGCAUCACGUGACGUUGUAAAAGAACCUAAUAAAAUGGGACGUUCUAACAGUUGCUUGUCCAAAUUUUGGAAGUGACAUACGUUGUCUCUGUAUAUUGACAAUUCUAGUCAGUGACUAUCUAGUGACUGUAUGUUUGUGAUAUCUAAAUGUUUAUAUAUUGUUGUGGAAUAGUUUUUAUACAAAGCUAUGCUGUACAUCUUGCCAAACAUCCAUUUGCGUUUGUCGUGUUAUUGUGGAAUACUAGUCUACCAUUGAUGUAAACUAUUCUCAUUUUAUUAUAUUCAAACUGUCUGUAUUCAACUAUACCGGUCACUAGAAUGAAAAUCAAACAUAUGGAACUAACAAUAUAUGUGAAUAGUUUUAACAAUUCUGACGUGUUUUGGGCUAAUAUUCUUUGGUAUACAUAGUCUUUUUCUUGUUUUUAUUUUUGUUGAACUUGAUUGAUCUCAAGUUUGCAAUCAUACCAUAUCCUUCUUUCUUUUUUUUUACUCAAAUCGACGUUUAAUAACUUCCUUUAAAUAUUUUGUUUCAAGCACUAUAUUGAUAUGAUUUUUUUUCUCUCGAAAUAUGCACAUGUUACAAACAAACAAAAAAAGUUUACAUUACAAUAACAAUUAUCGAUAAAUAUUCAUUGUCCACCGAAAAAUGAUGUAAAAUCAUUUCAUAACCAGUUUUAACACAAUUUAUUGAAGUUAAAACUAUUGAGUGUUUCAAACUGAUAUAUGUAUUUAUGGGUAUAACAUACACACAGUCAUGCAAAGAAUAAAUAUUGUUAGGAACAGUACACAAAACUAUAUAAAAAAAAACUAAAGCAAGCCAGUGAACAACUUUUAUUUUGAACAUCAGACGACAAAGAUAGUAAAAUAUUUCAGUUUGUGACUGUUUAUGAAUUUUGGUGCCAUUGGGUUUCAUGCAUUUAAUAUAGGAACCAAUACACAUUUGGUGCAUUUAUCAGACAGGUAUACGGUAUAUGUUUCAGAUAUUAAGAAGGUAGAUCAUCAGGGUAGAUCUUGCUAAAGGGACAUUGUUAUGUAUCCCAGGAAUGUUUAAAAGGCAUUGUCAUUACACGAAUGCUAUUAAAAGCAUUGAAAAAUGGACGAUAACAAACGAUAUACUGAUUUACAGCAAAAUACAUUGAGUGUGUAGGUAAUUGUAAUAGGUAUCUUUGAAUAGGUUGCUUGCUAGCUGAACCGUGAAGUCAUUAUUGGGUUCGGUAUACUACCCUCCUUUAAGAGUUGAUUAGUCCGACAGAUAAACGAUCUAUCUGCCUGUAGGACUAGUCUACUCCGAAAGAGAGUAGUUUACCUUAACUAAUAAUAUCUUCACGGUCCCGCUUGCAAGCAAGCUAGUCCGAGAUAUAACCUACACAAUAAAUGCAUUUUGAUGUAAAGAGUCUUUUCCCCAUAACAAUGAUAUAACAAAUUUAAUGUUUAUUAACAUAUGUAGUUUAUGCCUCUUUUAUAUGUAUAUGAUUAUUGUAAAAGUAUGAUAAGUUUGCAUCAACUACUUCGGAUAGAACAGGUUCCUCUAUUCCUCAUUUUCAACUUAUUCACAUGUGGUUGACAAGCGAACAAUCGGGAAUUAACUUUGAUAUGCCUUUUCACAAAUAUAUAACAAUAGUCGACAUUAAUUUAUUUCGGCGAUAAAAAAUAAAUCAAGUGUUCAAUGUUUAAUAAUCUAUCUGGAGUGCUUCGUAUGAAAAUGCUUCAAUGUAGAUACACAAAGGUUUCGUUGGUAUGUGUUUUUUUCGUUUACUGUACUGAAUUUGUUAGUUUUUACAUGAAUGUUAAAUUAUUUGUAGAUAUAUACAAUUGUUACGUUUCUUAUGUAAAAUAAAUUUUAUCAAAAUA